AUGAGCAGACCAGGAGAUUGGAAUUGCAGGUCAUGCCAACACUUGAACUUUCAAAGGAGGGACUCAUGCCAGCGUUGCGGGGACCCGAGGCCCGGAGAGAGGGAUCAUUAUGGAAGCUUUGGUGGAAGAUCAUCAGGAGGCUCAUUUGGAUUUACAGGUCCUGAUGUUAGGCCUGGUGACUGGUAUUGCGCGGUUGGCAACUGUGGAGCUCAUAACUUUGCCAGUCGUUCCAUCUGCUUCAAGUGUGGUGUCUCCAAGGAUGAAACCUCUGGUGGUGGACUUGACACUGACAUGUCAAUGAUGAGAGGUUAUGGCUUCGGCGGAGGCGGCACCUCUAGCCGCUCUAAUUGGAAAUCCGGAGACUGGAUUUGCACCAGGUCCGGUUGCAACGAGCACAACUUUGCCAGCAGGACUGAGUGUUACAGAUGCAAUGCACCAAGAGAAUCUGGCAGCAGCAAGUCUUCAUAUUAA